ACACAAUCACAGACGGAACAAAAAUGAAAAAUGAAAGCAAACGCACAGACAGCACAGCGUGAUAGGCCAAAGCAUCUCCCCUCAACACAACACACAACACCCCACAUGAAAUACAUUAAAGCUUUCUAUUACAUAUUGUUAUCUAGUGAUCCCCACAGCUAAUACAUCCAGGAAGCUACCCCACAUUUCAGUUUGGCUAGCAUUAACUCGUAUCAGAGACGAGGCGAGCUCGACAAGGGCUGGUCCAACCACUCCUCAAUUGCCCCAACCACUUGUGUCCAAAAUGGGGAAACCAAUUCAACCACAUGAGGUGCAGAAGGUACCCAUAGAACUCUUACAUUUCCAGCAUCCAUUGCUUCGAAAAAGACCAAGCUUUUAUGUCUGACUGGAGUCCAAUAUUAUCUAUGAAUUAUUUUAUAAUGUAUACAUUUUCUCUUACUCUCCCUUACUGGCCAACCCAUGUUAUGGACAUUAUUCUCCCAAACCUCUUGUUCAAGCUCAGUGUCCAGGUCCCUUUGCCAUACUAUCCUCAGACUCUCACUUUUACCAUACAGAGCAUUUGCUGCCAUUUUGUAAAAUACAGAGGAUGAUUGUACAAUAUUGGGAAGCUUUAGACACCUUUGCAAUACACUUUCCUCCUGUCCUGUAUUAAAACCCAAGUUAACUGCAUUCUUGAAACGCAUGAUGUUGAUUAGACUACAAAGGGAAUAAGUCUAUAAGGUCAGAAAACUUGUCAUUUAGAUGUAAGGGGACCGAAUUUACCAAUGAACAUUAGUGAAAACCCCUCACUGUUGAAAAAGCUGACCAGCCAAUAAGAUAUUCCAACCAGUUCCGGAGAAACAAGGACCUAUUUUUUCUUACAGCCUAACGAUUGUUCCAAAUUUAAAGAUUCCCUCCAGACAUGUACUAAGACAAUAAAAUAGCUACACUGCUUUGCACAAUAUGUGUGUCUGAUAUGGUUUUUCCACAAAAAUGUAUAAUGACCACUUUAAAAUCCUGAAAAUGACAUCUACUUUUUCUCCCUCAUUAAAAACUCCAGAAUCUAUGGAAUAAUAGGCCUAUAUUUUUUAUAUUUCAAAAGUUUAACAGCUGGACACAAGAUGUCUCCUACUUCUUUUUAAAGUCAACUCUCAGUGUUUGUGCACUGGAGGCUUCAAGUUUCCACAUCACACUUGUGUAAGCUGAACAUAGUUUGAGUGUAGGGGGACUUUAACAUUCAUGCCGGGGAAAAAGUUUGUAGUUUGCUUGUAAAAUAACACUGAAUAAAAUGAUUUGUUUGUGAUAAAACUACUUCUAGAAAAUGACAUCAUCAGAAAAACCGUUCAAGUCUGGCAUGGGACAUUGUUGCACCUCUCUCUUCCUUGUUUCCUGUCAUCUCUACACUACUGCCAUAUGGUAAAGUCGUAAAACGCCUUAAAAAAUAAUAAUAAAAGGAAGCACAUGGAAAGUGGGAAAUCCGAGUUUCCAAGUAGUACGUGAAGGCGGCGGGAGCGUCAAACCUCCACCCCUCGAGGAAGCCGAGCGACAUCCAUCAGACUCUCUGUCGUAGGUACAGUCGAGCCCUCCUCAGGCUGCACCCCAGCAAACACCCCGCCGGGCCGCCGCGCUGAGCUCAGAGCAGGGCUGCUGAUCUCUGCGCGGAUUUUCCUCUCGAUCGGGACUGUGGGAGAGAUGCGACGUCUCGGAGGAGGAGGAGGAGACCAACUGGCCAGGCAGCAGCAGCAGCAGCAGCAACAGCAGACACCUGAGAGCAAGAUCUGAGUUUGUUUCCAUAACGUCACAGAAAGGUUUAUUGCGGUCAUCACUAUGACUGAUGGGGAUUAUGACUACCUUAUAAAGCUCCUUGCCCUGGGGGACUCCGGUGUGGGGAAGACCACCUUCUUGUACCGAUACACAGACAACAAGUUCAACCCCAAGUUCAUCACCACAGUCGGCAUCGACUUCAGGGAAAAGAGAGUGGUGUACACAGCGUCCAACCCCAAUGGGACGACCACAGGGAAAACCUUCAAGGUCCACCUUCAGCUCUGGGACACAGCUGGACAGGAGAGGUUCCGCAGUCUGACGACGGCGUUUUUCAGGGACGCCAUGGGGUUCCUGCUGAUGUUUGAUCUCACCAGCCAGCAGAGCUUCCUCAAUGUCAGAAACUGGAUGAGCCAGCUACAGGCCAAUGCCUACUGUGAGAACCCAGAUAUUGUGUUGGUAGGAAACAAGGCAGACCUGGCUGACCAGCGUGAGGUUCAGGAGAAACAGGCCAAGGAGCUGGCAGAUAAAUACGGGAUCCCGUACUUUGAGACGAGUGCAGCGACAGGAGUUGAGGUCGACAAGGCAGUGAUAACACUGUUGGACCUGGUCAUGAAGAGGAUGGAGCAGUGCGUCGACAAACCGCCUGCUGAGCCGGCUAACGGCAACGGGGCCACAAAGCUUGACGCUGCGCCGCCUAAUGAGAAGAAAUGUGCAUGCUAGAUGAAGAGCCGAUUCAGGAAAUGACCAGUCAGCGCUCCUCUGUCGUCUGUCCUUUCUACUUCCCUUCUUUUUUUACUUUCUCCUUCUCUGUCAUCUUUGAUUGCAUGUUUCUUUGUCUUCUCCUCUUCACUCCCUUCUCUCCAAAACUAAACAUUGUCCAUCUUCUCCUCCUCUUUUCUUUCUUUUCCACCCUUUUUUCUUCCUUCUCCAUCCAAACUGUCUGCCACUUUGGCAAUGAAACAACCCUAUCCCCCUCUAGUGGAUAUUCAAGCUAAUACAGUCCCAGCCUGUCUGCCCUUGGGCUCUAUCCAUGCUUGAGCUCUGUUUAGGAGGAAAUUAAAACAGGAGAGGACAGUUUCAUCACUGUCAGACAUAUAAUGUGCCUAGUUUAAAACAUGCAGCCUGGGAAUUAAGCUCUGCACGCUCCCAAUUUCUCUGCUCAAAAGUUGUUUUAAUGAUUUUAAAUGGACCUAAACAGGCAAAGGAACUUUAAUUUGAACUCUUUAAAGUCUUAUCUACUCAUCACUUUGUAACAAGGGAAAGAUUUGACUUCAUGUUUAGGCUGUCACUGGAUGACAGGCUGUGUAAAUUAAGUCAUUGUCCCCUCCUGAAACUUUUCCUCCUGGACUAGAGUGAGCAACUGUGUGACCAGUGUGUUUUUAUUUUUAUUUUUUCCCUGUUUCACACUGUUUCCUGUGCUGUACCUGUAUUAGCCAUGUGUUGCAAUUUGUCAGUGUUUGGAUACUUUUACAUUUUGAUUAGUAGCCCUACUUCAGAUUAUUCAGUUUGAAAACUUUUCUGACUGACUCAACAGACACAAAUGUUUCAGCUAGCACUUGUUUGCAGCCUGGCUGGUUAUAUUUUGCUGUUGAACAAAGCUAACUCUCUUAGACCUCUGUGAUGCUGCCAGACUUGGCUGACUGCAGAUUUGUAGACAUUAUACCAUUCAUGUAGUAGGGCCAAUAUGGAUACAGCAUGGCACAUGUGCAACGGAGAAAAAAAAGCCAACAUUGUAUAUCAUGAACAUUUGUUAUAGACCAGGAUAGACGCAUUGUUCCAAACGGAUCUACUGCCUUGGCUUUUAAAGCGUUAAUUCACUGUGGCAGGACAGGUUUUAAUCUCUGUGGGAGUUUGAGACAAGUCAGCUAAAAAUAUAGGCUGCUCUGGGGACCAUUAUCACCAUGACUUACUAACAUUUAACUGAACGUGACAUUGUAAUGCAGCCUAAAAAAGAUAAAUGCUAUUUUACAGAUAGAACUAACGUGGCAUUUUGUAAGAAAAUCAGAUAAAAAUCAAAUGGGGGGCGGGUAGUGAGGCUGGGGAUCAUGAAAAUAGACCUGAGUCUGGUGACAUUAGAUCCUCAGUGCAGCUGAUUAAAUUUUGACCUCAUCUCUUUUUAUCAAAAAAUCACACAAAGUGAAAUAUCGCUUUAAGGCCCCAUUUAUGUUAGAAUAUAGAGUGACCAAUAAUUUAUAUUAAAAGAAUUAUAAAACAUAGAUUAUUAUUACUGUUGUCAUUUUUUGUUACAUUCUUUAUAUUUCACACACCUAUUCUUUUGUUAUUUUCAUGUAAGUCAAGAGAAAACUAUCUCAGCUGCUUUUAUACUUAUGAUUUUCACUGCUGUGUUCUUGAGCUCAGUUGUCAAAUUAACCCAGAAAUUACAAAUUUAUUGACAAAAUGUGUCUCUAACAUGAAGAAAACACACUAUUAUAAAAUUUUAAAGAAGUAUAGUAGAAAUUGUUUAAGACAUAUUUUUAUUGUGUUUUGUAGCUUAACACUAUCAUCGUUUUUCCAUUUGUUUACCGGACCAUUUAACAGUUGCUGUGCAGAAAACCCAGUGAAAUUAAAACUAAACUAAACUAAAUUUCUCUUAGUUCUAUUUAAAAGGCUGCAUGUUUUGCACCUGGAGCACAACGAAAAACAUUCGUCUUAAGAGGCCAUGUAGACUUUAAUUGAGUUGAAAAUUUCUGUUUCUUUAAAUGUACAAAAUCUGCUUCUGGUCCAAGAUUAUCUCCUUUGUAAAUCAACAAUUUUCCUUAAAUCAAGUAACACCCUGAUCUGCCUUACAUCAUGAAAAAUGUUGAGAUGUUGAUUUGCACAAGAAACAAGAGAAAUCAUCUUUCUGCUUGCCACCUGCUGGCAGCUAAAUAUUUAUUUUAAGUGCAUAAUGUUAAGAAUAUUAAGAUCACUGCAGGUUGGUUUUCAAAGUGUACUGAGAGUGAAAGCAGUGGCAGCAGAAUGGGUGAGCAGUAAUGUUAAGUAUACCGUACAUGUCACAAAUUAACAGCAAAAGACUGCUGUGGUCUUUUAAAUAUUAUAAAAUUUCAAUAUUUGAUUAAAUAUGGUAUUUUUCAGUAAUAUUUUUUGUAUUGUGCACUCCAUUAAAAGACUCUUAGUUUAGAUGCCAUAAUACUUUGGCUUCACCUCGCUGUCACCUUUAAUCUGCCAGUGUGCCAAAAAAAGGAAACACCACAAACAAGCAUUGGUUUUCUAUAAACCCAAACCUCAUUCUGCUGUUCACUCAGAGAAAAAUUGCCUUCACAUUUUAAAAAAUGUUUGUGUGUGUGUAUGUGUGUGUGUGUAUUUUUUGUUUGAAAGCCAAGUCAUAUGCCAACAUCUGAUCACAGUGCCAUAUUAAACACUCACCACUUUUUGAUUACAAUUUAUAAAAACCUUAACAAAUUGAUGUAAAAAGACUUAGGACUCUGGCUCACAUUCUAACAUUAUCUCCCAGUUACUGAGCUCCAUAGAAUAGUUAUGAUUUUUUUUCCAGAAAAUAUUUGUGUAGGUUUGUUUGUACUGUUUCAGCUAAUCAUCUGCUCACUUUUUACACUCACAUCAGUAGAUUUUAUCUUUUAUUCUGGUCUGAAGUCAUGUAAUCAUAAUGCACUAACCAUAACUUUACAUAUUUCUAAAGUGUUACAGAAGCAGCUUAUGAAAUCCUCUUAAUAUACUGUAGGUUUUAUUUUUUGUUUCAUGAACCAAGUUCUGUUACAGUGAGGCAAGAUAUUUCAGUAAAAUUGUCUCCAAAGAUUUACCUGAGUGAUAGUUUGACUUAAAGCUGCAUUAAUUGAAUUUUUGUCCACUAGGGGGCAGUGGAACAGCAUUAACAUAUUAUCAGCUUUUAAAGUUGGUGAAUAUGUUAAACUAAAACAGUUGCUUAUUUACACAUCCACAGAGCAACAUUAUCACAUCAUUGGAGUUGUGUUUGUGUCCAUCUGAUGAAUGUAGAGGCAAUAUUCACUCUCCUUUUAGCUCAGGUUGGUCUCCACCAACUACUGAGAACAAUAUCUGUCUCUCUAACUUUGUCCGUCCAGCAUGUGGUGCUGAGUAGGUAUGUACAGCGGGUUUAUCAGAGCUUGUUUGCUGAAUACAGCUGCAUCAAGACCAAAAUUAUGAGCUAAAAGAGGCUAAAACGCUCUGUAUAAUGCUGCAGAGGUGGGUCCACCUCUGUGGGUCCACUAUGAGUGCCAACUUUCACAUUACACAUAGUCGUGUCAUCCAAUUUUUCUAUGAAAAUAUUGAUUAAUGCAGCUUUAAAACGUCUUACAAGUGUCUUUUAAAAAUCUUAAUCUUAACAAGUGUUGAUUUCAUUAAAACCACUAAUCAGGUUUGUAACUUGUUGCAUGUUUUUUUGAAAAGUUUCCAUGUUUUUGGUAAAAGUUGGAUGAAACAUAAAAAAGAAAUAUUGGUUACCCGAGGCAUCUGUCAUGCAGAACCUUAUUGAUUAAAAAGACUAAUUUAAGCCCAAAUCUGUUGCCAGCAAAAUGUUUACUCAGCAAUUUUAGUUUAUUUUACAAUAAAAAAAAGAUGACAUCUCAGCUCAAAUAGAGAAAGGAGACAAAAUGAUCUAAUAAAAAACAUUAACAUAACUUAACAAGCAUUAACAGAACAAAAGUAAUGCGUUAUUAUUGGCACUGGUUUUCUUAGUAUUUGAGACCUGGAGUCAAGAUUUCCAAAUCGAAAACCAUUUUCUAAAAACCUAAAAACCUUGAACCAAUGCCUUUUUAAUGUGACAAUCUUCCGAACCAAUUUGUCAGCUUUAAUCUGAGCCUUCCGUCUUGCGUUGCUCAUCAUAUUUUCUCAAAUUUCAUGAAAAUGUGUCCUCUGAUGCCUUUUUGUUUAAAUUCAGUAUUCAGUUAUGCCACACUUGUAUCUGACAUUAACUUGACUGUGUUGAAACAUGUUUUUCCUGACGCAUCUCCUCCGUAAACCUUCUCAGUCUUAAAUGUAGUUUAUGAAUUCACUUUGAAAGUUUACACUGUUUGAAGAGUCAUGUUGUGCCUGUUUUUAACUCUUCUGUCUGAUCCUCUGUAAAGUUUGUGAGCUACUGAAUAUUUUAAUGCAUUGUUGAUUAUAGAUUACAAAGCAGACGCAAAAGAGUACGGAAGUCAUGAUGUUGUUCUUUUGUGCUGAUAUAUCGAGACAACUAACCAAUCCAAGUACCUCUAAGAGCUUUUAUUUUUGGAAAUCCUCUGUGUGAAUUCUCUCUGAUGCCUGCGGUUUGUGAACGUUUCAGUUUUCACUGUUUGUAUCGAUGCCUGUGUGUGUUUGUUGGGUUUGUUGCACCGUCAGCAUGUUUGACACCAUGAGAAUGAAAUGACCUGUGAUGCGUUCGGUGUUUCUGAUGUCAGAGCUGCAAAUAAAUCUCUGUGUUUGUUUUA